AUGCAUGCAAAUAGAUACUAUGGGAUUGUUUUGAUUGCAGGUGAUGGUUGUGUAGAGAAACCAUUAGCAACUUUAUGGCGCAAUUACACCCAAUCAUCGCGACCUGACGUAUGCAUGCUGCUGACAGUCGGCGGUGGUGGUUUAAAAGCGACCACAAAGGAUCACGGCUUAACGGAGUAUUGGGCGAAUAGACUGACGUUUUGUGCCGCUCCCUCGCAUUUCCCUCGAAUAUUUUGCUGGGUGUAUCGACACGAAGGAAAACGCCUCCGCCACGAAUUACGAUGCCACGCCGUUUUAUGUUCAUCAUCCGCAACUGCUAGUCAACUUGAGGGGAACUUGAAGAAUUCAUUGCGUUUGGCACUGACUGAGUUUAAGAAGGAUAAGGUUUCAAGGCAAAACGCUCGGUUAUCGCUGGUCAAUUCGAUUUACGACAAUCCUUCUAUGCCCAUAAGAAAAAUUCUUUUAAGCACCGGGUCGAACAACUACCGUCCACCUUUAGAACGAUCAAAAUCUGCACCAAAGCUCGUUAGCAUCGAAGAAAAUUUGGAGGAGGAAGACGAACAGUUGACGCAUUCUUCUAAGAAGAAGCCGCCAUUACGUUAUUAUGAAAGUGCUAGCAAUCUUUUUGAAAGACGAACAAAUUUAGCAUAUAGUGAACAGACUGCAAAUAGUGUACUUACCAAAAAAGAAAAUGUCUGUGAUAGUGUUGUGGAGGAAGUUUCGGACAAACGUAAAGUGACGUUUAGUGACAAUACCGUUUUUGAUGAUAACUCCGACCUUUCCGUUGACGAAAAGAGUAAUCGUAUCUUGGAGCAACUUGCUCAAGAAUCGCUGUCGAAUGAAUUUGUUGAAUCUUGUAAUGAUACUUUGGAAAGGAACUGGUUUGGAAAUUUAACGAUAGCUACUAAUUUUACCACGAUAGAUAGUGACGAGGGCUCUUUGUCGAGCGGGUGCGAAUCCGCUAGUACGGUCACGUCAGAAAUUGAGCAAUCUUCUUUUUCUACAACAGAAAAGGAGCAGGACGAGUCAAAUGCGGAGACCUCCAAUUUGGAGUAUAGGAUGGAUUCUGAUUUUAAAGUUGGCGGUAUACUUUUAAGUAGAGGCCGAAGUUUAGAAAAAUUAACCGGCGUAGAAUAUCCAAAGUUCUAUGGACUGAAUUCUAGCUUAAGUACAUCAAAUAUUAUGAACGAGGAAGUCUCUCUGGUACCUGUUGGUGAAAGUCAAACUGAUUUUAGUUCAUUAAAAGUGUACAAAAAACGAUCUUGUUCCGAUUCAGGAUUGAAUGUAAACAUUUAUUCAGUUGAUACGCAUUUAACCACAGAAACAAACGACGAAGAAAACGUUCAAGAUGAAGGUUACGAUGAAGUAAUAGACUGCGCAAGUUCAAUAUCUAACAUUGUGUUAGUUUAAUUAUUAACUUUUCCUGUAUAUAAUUUUUUGUGUAAAUUGUUUAUUAAAAUGUAGAUCAUUU